UCUAGUACCAGUACAAGGUACAUGCAAAACAACAAAAUCUAAAAAAUUAGCAGAAACAAAAUUGGUGUAGAAAAAUAAUAGCCAAGCUGCAAGUUAGAUCUACAUUAUUGUCAUCUACUUAACUUGUUUGGUCUUUUCUAGAUCUGAAUCAACGAUGGCCGAGGGACCUGAUCCAGUUGUUGCUGAUCUUGAGCAAGAAGUGACCUGUGGCAUCUGUCAUGACCACUACCAGGAGCCAAAGCUGCUCCCUUGUUGUCACUACUACUGCAAGCAAUGUAUCCUCACACUCUCCAGUCGCUACCAACCCAAUCAGCCGUUCCCCUGCCCCGACUGUCGUGAGCCCACUCUAUUGCCAGACAACAACCCAGACAAACUACCCACUGCGUUCUUCAUCAACCGGAUGAAAGCACUCCACUCGAGGAUGGAGAAAGCCCACGGCAAGUUGGAGGCUACCUGUGAAAUGUGUCCUGGAGGAAAAUCCACUGCAUUUUGCCGACAGUGUGUCUGUGAAGAGUCUCAUAAAAUGAGAGCAUUUGCCGGACAUGCCGUUUCUACACUGGAUGAGCUCAAACAGGGUGGAGUGAAAGAGGAAGAAGUAACAUUCAAAAACCCACCACCCCCAAAAUGUAAGGAUCAUGGGGAGCCAAAAAAGAUUUACUGUUUUGAUUGCGACAAGCUCAUCUGUCGAGAUUGUGUUGUGUUUGAUCACCGUGACCACAGGUCAGAUUUUGUAAAGAAAGCCGCCUUUGCAACUCGUAAAACGUUAACGGAGCACCUCUCCCCACUUAAAAACCUACUGCCUAAUCUGAGCACCGCUGUGAAUCGAGUGAAAGGAACCAAACAGGAGAUCCAAGCCCAGAAAGAACUGACAGAGAGACAAGUGAAUGCUAAGUUCCAGGAGCUACACGAUAUUCUCGAUCGAUGCAAGGUCCGUGUUUUACAGGAAUCUACUGCUUUGGCAAAUUCAAAGAUGGAGAAGCUGACGGUUCAAGAAGAGAGUCUGGACCUGUCUCUGGGUAUUGCUCAGAGUUUGAUUGACUUUGUAGAGCGUACACUGGAGAAUGCAAGUGAUGAAGAACUGAUUACGAUGCAAGAGCAGGUGGUGAGUCGAAUCGAUGCCGAGGUGGUGAAGCGAGAGAAGGAAGCAGCCAAUCCUGAUCGAGUGGAGGAAGAUGAUUUUGGAGUCGAGGUUUUUGUAUGUGAGAAUCUUAAGAAGUUGUGCGAGAACAAUGUUGUUACAGUUGUUUAUCCUUCUGUGAGGGGUGAUGGUAUAAAGAUGGCUGAAGUUGACAAAUGUGCAAAGCUGAAUGUCUAUUUAAAACAAGGCAAACCACAAGCAGUAUUGAAAUCGUUAGUCGAUCAAUCAACCCAAGAACUACAAGCAGUGCCUGUGAGUGGCGGAGUGUACAGUGUUGAGUACACUCCUAGGGUACGUGGUCGACACCACCUCCUGAUCUCAGUGGACGACCAGCCCAUCCCAGAAAGCCCCUUCUCUGUGUUUGUUAAACUACCCCCCACCAAGCUGGACAAGCCAGUGAUGAUGAUAAAAAGACUCAACAACCCUCAGUAUAUGGCAUUCAACUCAUCUGAAGAACUGAUUGUAACUGACUGGAACUGUGAUGUUGUGAUGUUUGACAAGAAAGUAGAACAAAUUCGAAGCAUCAGCAAAUCAAAGCAUAAGUUUGGCUAUAUCUGUGGUGUGGCAGUAGACAAUGAGGACAACAUCUAUGUCUCUGACAGUAACAAAGAGUGUGUAUACAAGUUUAACAAAAGAGAAGAUCUGCUGAAAAGGUUUGGGACAAAGGGAAGCGGUCCAAAGGAACUCAACUUCCCUCGAGGGAUAGCAGUCACUGGUAAUCAAGUGUUAGUGUGUGAUCAGAACAAUCACAGAGUCCAAGUGUUGACGACAGAGCUGGAACCGGUCAGGCAGAUUGGUUCAAAGGGAACUGGUAAUGGACAUUUUAACAGACCAGAGGAUAUCGCAAUAGACAAUGAACAAAAUGGAUUGGUGUAUGUAUCUGACUUUGGUAAUCAUCGUGUUCAAGUGCUCACUAUGGAUGGUCGAUUUAUUCGUUCGAUUGGAAAGAAAGGAUGUGGACAAGGAGAUCUGUCUUUCCCUUGUGGUGUGUUUGUCACUGGUUUUGUUUAUGUCGCUAAUGCUGCAAAUAAUCGUGUGUCAGUAUUCACUAAAGACGGUCAAUUUGUUACCUCAUUUGGUAAUAGUCAUAUCACUUAUCCUUAUGGAGUAGCUGUAGACAGUGAUGGUUUUGUGUAUGUGCGCAGUCAAGAAUCUGUUUUUAUUUUUUAGAGUCUUUAAGUGCCUGUCAUCACGUUUACUUUUGCUUGUGUAUGUGUAGCAGCAAUCUGUAUAGUUAUGUUAAUUUGUAUUAAGCAAAUCUGUGUUUGUGUACGUUAUUUUGUAAUUAUUAUUAGCAUCAUUACAGUAUACAGUACAUUUUUUUCUCAA